AUGAAGCUGCUGCGCGUCCUCGCUGGCUUCAGCUACAGUUCACGGGACUUGGUCUGCACUGGCUGUAGUCGGUUUUGACAGAGGAGGGCGUUGUGCAGGGUUCCGGAGAUGACCAGUUUCUGGACAAUGUCUCUGUUGGGGAGAAAUAAAAAUAAAAAUGAAAAUAAAACAACAACAACAACAACAUCAACAAUUUUUUUUAUGAAGUUCAAGCGAGUUGAAGCUUUCUGGUGAUUCUCUUCUUGCAGUGAGGAGCUAAAUAGGAGAGAUGGCUAUGUAUCGGGCAUACCUUAAGAGGAGGUUGCAGGUUUAAGAGGACUGGAGCGGAGCAUCUAAAGCUUUCAAAGAGUGGGAGCUUUCUACUGCAGGCCGGAAGAGUGAAGAAUGAUGGAUCCAUUAAGUAGAGCAAGUGUGAUGGAUUAUCUGCUGCCGGGUAGCAUGGCAGUAGGGUUCUCUCUGAUAGCCUGGCUCGUGCUCCCUAAUUUGCUGCGUCGCUGCCAUAGUUACGUCGAGUCGGGUCCCAAAGCACUCAUGCUCGGACCAACAGGGUACUUGAUGGCGCCACGAUCCUUAGAAGCUCAGUUCCUCUUCCAAAUCCGGAGUGGAGUGACAGUGGCUAGUUUCAUUUGGUUUCUCUACCUCUACAAGAGAAAUGCAUUCACGCGCAUCAUAUCGGGAAAAUCUCUUACUCAGGAAGAUAGAGAGCGUUAUCGCAUUAUCGAUCGUCUCUCUUCCAUCGUAUUGCUGGUACUGGGAAGCAUGGCGUUCGCUGAAUCAUGUGGUGUUGGAGUGCAGUCAGUCAUCACAGUUGGUGGAAUCGGAGGAGUGGCCACUGCAUUCGCGGCACGAGACCUACUGGGAAAUUUGCUGAGCGGGCUUGGCAUUGAAUUAUUGAGGCCAUUUUCUGUAGGCGACUUCAUCACUGCGGGGGAUUUGAGUGGCCAGGUGGUGGAGAUAGGCCUCCACUCAACGAAGAUGUUGAACCAUGACAAGUUCCCUACCGUUGUGCCCAAUUCUUUCUUUUCUAACCAGGUGAUAGUGAACAGGUCGCGCGUCAGAACACGAGGCCUAGAAUUGAACAUUCCAGUGAAGCUCACCUCUUUGGAGAAGCUACCGACCAUAAUAUCCGAAGUAAGAUCGAUGCUACACUCGCAUCAGAGAGCCUCCCUGGACGACGAGAAACCCCGCUGCCAUGUCUCCCAGGUCGGCAUGACCUCAUUCAACGUCUUCAUGUCAUGCAACCUCAAGCCUAUGAGCACGGAUGAAUUUCUAGCGACGGAGGAGAUUCUUCUGGAGGCUUCGCGCAUCGUUGUCAGAUCUGAUUCAGAUCCAGAUUCCGACAAAUCGUUCUCCGAUGGAGCUGAGAUCGUCGAAAAACCCGUAGUGAUGCAAUCCUCCCCUGACAGUGAUGAACAACCCGGAAAAUCAGAAGCUGAUCAAAAGUCUGCAAAAAAUUCAGGAAUCUCCAUAGAGACGAGAGCUCCUGCAGAACGUCCCGCUCCUGUGAGCCAAGACGUCUGGGCAAACUUGCAAAACACUCUGGUAAGUUCUGAACCUCGCCGGUCAUCUUCCUCCCUGUCUAAAGAAAGCGAAACCUUUCGGAGGCCACCUAAGUCUCCGAGAUCGGAUCGUUAUGGAGGUCUUCCCGAAUCGCCUCGAAAAGCUCCUGGGAGCAUACUAGGUGUAGGAUCAAAAUUAUUCUCCCGCAUUAAGAACACCAGGAGGUAGUGCUGCCGCAAUCUCAUGCACAGUUUGCACUGAUUUCCGACUCAAAACAGCGAGGUUCUGCUUCUCGCACACUCGUCGUCAUGACGACGCAACGUAUUUUAGGGUUUUGAGACAUAAAAGGUUGACAGUGUAUUAGCAUGUUGGAUAUCUUUGUACAGUUUAUGGGCAAAAGGAUUGUAACCAGGUGUCAAUGUCUCACACUUGUGUGCUCAGAGAAAUUGUCUCUAUGCUUGCUGAAUUUUGUUGUAUAUUUUGUUCAAUCUCAAUCAUAAAUUUAGAGACAUGGAUUCAAUACA